AGGGUUGUGAGAAGUGAAGGUGUUGGAAAAUGGAGAAGCAGGAUGAAUGGGAGAAGCAAAAGGAGUGGGGUUGGGUGAUGGAUGCAGGGAAGAAGGUGGUAAUGGCCGGUGUUAUCAUGUCAUCUGCUCCGCUGCUACUUCCGCCCUUACUCGUUGUUUCUGCGCUCGGCUUCGCUGUCUCGCUGCCUUCCGGCCUCGUUUUAGCCUCAUACGCCUGCACUCACAAGCUCAUGACCAAGCUGCUGCCUCCUCCUCCUCCUCCUCCUCCUCCUCUUUCUGAUUAUGAUUUUGGUGUUGAUGACGAUGACGACGGUGAUGGUGAUAGUGAAGGAACAACAACAGCUGCGGAGGUCAAGAUGAGUGAGGACAUCAAGAGACAGAUUGAAAUGAGAAUUGAAUUGGUGGACGAUGAGCUGAAUCAUGAUAGAGUGACAGAAUCACUAGAGGGGGGAGAGAUGAGCAGCAACUCCUCUUCCACUGACACUAAAAAUAUUCUAGUGGAAGAGGAAGAGGAAGAGCAUCAGGAACAAGAAAAGGAAGCAGAGGAAGAGAAUGAGGAACAAGAAGAGGAAGCAGAGGAAGAGAAAGAGAAUCAGGAACAAGAAGAAGAAGCAGAGGAAGAGAAAGAGAAUCAGGAACAAGGAAAGGAAGAGGAAGAUGGAGAUGAGAUGGAGGUUUUAGGUGUACAAGGGCUAGUUUUGAAGAAUGAAAUUUAUGACGUCAACAAACCUGCUGUCAAUGUUAUUGAUCCCAAGAUAGAUGGUGACAAUUUGAAAGAGGGCAAUGGAGUAAAUGGUGGUGGGGUGGGUGAUUUUAUUUUGUUGCAGGAAGAGAUUAGUGAGGAUAAAAUUUGGGAGAAGAUAGACGCAAUAAGAGUUAUUGUAGGAUUCAAGGCUCCAAAGCGUUCCUCCUAUGUGGAAGAAGUUAAGGCCUUGUAUCUCUUCACAGGCAUCGAACCACCACCAACACAAGAUCACUCUCAUCUUACACACCUUAACUUCCUCAUGUCUGUAAUCGGAGUGAAAUGACUUUUCCAAUCUCGACUUGAUUUACUUUUUGCCUA